AUGAAUGGAGACCUAAGUCUCUCUCGGGCUCUUGGCGGACUGCGAAUAGCCAACCCCGAUGAGGCCAGCAAUGGUGCACUCCCUGACUCUGGCCCAAACGCUCACGAACCAAAUUUGAGAACCUCGAGCACGAACACGGCCGAUCAUGAUACCGAUACAAUGCAGACAGUACCGGAAGAGUAUAGUCGUCUCAAGCAAAAAGAACAAGCCAUCGAGGUUGGACGACCAAGCUCUAGCAUUUCCACUCCCUUCCUUGGUGUGGAUGACCCCUCAGCAGGUGCUUCAGCCCGAGAUGCUAGUCUGCUAGACAACCAACGUAUCACCCCACCGAUACAAAAAGAACAGACACAAAUCUUAUCUGGACACGGAGUCCCGAUGCGCGAAAGCUCAAGGAGUUUGGGGAAUCUCUUUUCCACCUCGCCCAGCUCUGGGUUAAGCCGAGUAGCAACAGAUCAAGUAUCAUCGAAUCAAUCCAGCGAGGACUGGAAGGAUCGGGGCGCAGCUGUCGGUAUUCGCCGUGAAGUGGACAGCACCGGCCGCAUGAUAGUCCGACAAAUCAAAAAGGGCGUUCGCGACUUUUCCUUCGGCCGCAUUUUGGGGGAGGGCUCGUACAGCACAGUAUACUUGGCCACCGACCGGCAGACUCUGAAAGAAUAUGCCAUCAAAGUCCUUGAAAAGAGGCAUAUAAUCAAGGAGAAGAAGAUCAAAUACGUGAAUAUUGAAAAGAAUACCCUCAACCGUCUGACGGAGCAUCCCGGAAUCGUGCGGCUCUAUUACACAUUUCAAGACGAAACCUCGCUAUACUAUGUACUUGAUCUGUGCAAUGGCGGAGAACUGCUAGGGGUAUUGAAAAAGACUGGAACGUUUGACGUGGAUUGCGUCAGGUUUUAUGGAGCACAAAUACUGGACGCGAUCGAUUAUAUGCAUUCUCGGGGGGUGAUUCAUCGCGAUCUGAAGCCUGAGAACGUGUUGUUGGAUGACCAGAUGCAUGUCAAGAUCACCGAUUUCGGCACUGCAAAGCUUCUUAGCGAUCCUCAGGAAAGCAAAGACACGGGCUCUGUUAAUCGCAGCGAGAUACAAGGUCGGCCGCUACGAGAUGUCGAAGAAGACCGCCGUGCUGCAUCCUUUGUCGGCACGGCAGAGUACGUUAGCCCUGAGCUACUUACACAUAAAAGCGCAGGGAAGGCUAGCGAUCUAUGGGCUUUUGGAUGCAUCAUAUACCAACUAUUUGCAGGCAGGCCGCCGUUCAAGGCAGGCAGCGAGUAUCUUACUUUCCAGAAGAUUGUUAACCUUGAGUACGACUUUCCACCGGGGUUUCCAAUUCCAGCGCGUGAUCUUGUUGAGCGGUGCUUAGUCUUGGAUCCGGCGAGAAGAUUGACGAUAGAGCAUAUUAAAAACCAUGAGUUUUUUGAUGGACAGCAGUUUGGAAAAGGUUUAUGGCGAACAAAAGCGCCGAGGCUACGACCUAUACAUCGCAAAGGAUCCGAUGAGGGACAUAAGAAACUAUCACGUUUCUUUGGAGGCAGUACAACCAAAAAGAGGCAGCGUCUUGUGAUGGUGACCUCAAGCGGUCGCAUUGUGUUAGCUCCUGCAGGGGGCGAGGAGAAGAGGGCAAAGCAAGAACUAUCACUGCUCGCUUCGGACUCAUCCUGGAGAACACAACGGGACGCAAAGGGGCAACUUGUAUGGUGUGUUGAUACAGCCGGCUACCACUACACAUUUGAAGAAAGCAAACCCGCUAUAAACAGCGACGAAGAGCGACCGUCAGCGCAGGAGUGGGUCGAGUGCCUCGAAAAAGCAAAAGAUAUGGCUUUGUCCCAAAGUGCAAAUGCGCAACGCGACGAUGGCCCAUUCGGAGACAUAUCCUCGGCUGUAUCUAGCCCGUCUAGCACCUUGGGUAGUAGAGCUCAGCAUCCGGAUAGUCAUACUGCUCAUGACCGAGGCGGGCGUAAUCAUUUAAGUCCGCGCAAUUCUGCCGGCGUCUCAUUUUUGCCUCAAGGUUGGGAAGUUUCCCUUACCCAUGACUAUAUGCUUCAGGUAGAACGAAGCAAUAUUCGCAGUAGCCAUCACUUGGUAAUUCACCAACCCGACGUCACAAUGCAGCCCCAAUAUCGCAACUACGCGCAGCAAGUCCCCCAACGCUCUCCUCACGCUGCAAAUCAGCGUCGGGGAGGGAUAGGGCCAAUGAUGUCGUCUGGUCCCCAUCCCUCUGUGCCAUUAACGCAAGCCCAGAUCGCCCAGCAACAGCAAGUGCAAGCUCAUGCCCAUGAGCUUGCGAGACGCCGGAGCCGCAAGCCCACCGAUAAGAACAUUCCCGAGGGAGUUGAAGACAGCAUCGUCGACCAAGAAGCAGUUCAGAGAUAUAAAGCACUGAGAGAUGUUGAAAGAACUCUAGACGCUACUAUAACUCGCAAACGGCUUGAUGUCUCCGAGGCAUGUAGCCGAAAUAACAACAAGCUCUUCAAAACGCUUCGAAUUUGGAUUAGCAAUACGGUUGAAGAUCAAUCUUGGCAGGGCGUUGGUUUAAAUGCUGACACUUUUGAUUUCACAUCCAAUAUGGAAGCAUCAUUUCGCGUCAAGAUUGAAGGUCGUUUGCUAGAUGAUGACGAACACGCAAAUUGGCAACCAGGCGUCGGCGCUGGAAAGACGACAUCAAAUGCUUUAUCAUAUAAGAGAGAGAUGGCAGAUAAAUCUCAGGAGAAUCAAACUAGCUCCACCGCUUCCACAACUUAUGCGACCUAUCGGUUCUCUCAUUUCUUUAAGUCACUAUCUGUUGACUUCGAUUCCUCUCGCUUUCGGAACGGGGGAGGAGGGCAGAAUGUUGAAUGGAAAAAGCCAGAAUCUACAUCAAAAACUCAAUCUGGGAGUAACACAGCCUCCGCCUCUGACUUCGAUGAGCUUACGUUCAAGAGAAACGGUGAUGAAAACGUGAACAUCAUGAUUAACUUAUACCGGCAUGAGUCUCCUGAACGGUAUCAACUAAGCCCCGAAUUAGCUGAGGUGGUUGACAUGUCUGAGGCGACACAACAAGAGGCAGUCGCAGCCUUAUGGGAGUAUAUCAGAUUUUGGAACCUUCAAGAGGAUGAAGAAAAAAGGAAUUUCCGUUGCGAUGAACUCUUAAAAAAGGUUGUCGGACGAGGUGAUAUCGGCUACAUCCCAAUGUUGAAUGAGUACGUGACUCAGCAUCUUCGGCCGCUACCACCAGUCAGUUUACCAUAUACGAUUCGCGUUGAUGAGGACUUCCAUAAAGAUCCAUAUGCUACAGUCUACGAUGUACAAGUCCUUGUCGACGAUCCUUUACGCAAUACACUACAGCCUCUGAUUAAUAAUUCACAAUAUGCAUCGAUGUUGAAGGAUGUCACAGUGCUUGAUGAUCAACUGGCUCGUUUGAUACAAGCCAUCGCAGUCUCAAAAGCCAAGCAUUCGUUCUUUUCAUCCCUGAGCGAGGACCCCGCAACCUUUGUCAAGAGUUGGCUAAGUUCCCAAAGACGGGACCUGGAGGUAAUUCUCGGCGACGCUACCAAAGGCGGAGGUGAUGCUCUGGCGGCUGAUGAAUGGAGGCGUGGAGGUGGAAAUAGCGUUUGGGCAACACAGAACGCGCGUGAAAGUGUUAAUGUGUUGUUGUCCAGACAGCGAUGA